UGAGGUCACGUGGGGGCGGUCCGUUGCUAAGGAGGAGGUUUGGUUGAGUCUCCGCGUAGCAGCCAUUCAGCGGCGGUGGCUGAAGCGAUUGGACUGCGAGGGCUUCUCCGACACUUUUUGUGGAAUUUGAAUUAUUUUGGCACAGCACGACUCGCGGUUCAUAGGUGACGACUUCAACCGGACAGCUUGUGGGUCGCAGAGGGAGCUCAGCGAUGAAUAAGCUACGCCAGAGCUUCCGGCGCAAGAAAGACAUCUACGUGCCGGAGUCAAGUCGGCCGCACCAGUGGCAGACGGACGAGGAGGCGGUCCGCAGCGGCAAAUGCAGCUUUGCAGUCAAGUACCUCGGGCAUGUGGAAGUGGAGGAGUCGAGAGGCAUGCACAUCUGCGAGGAAGCGGUGAAGCGGCUUAAGACGGACAGGAAAUUCUUCAAAGGAUUCUUUUCUAAAGCUGGGAAGAAGGCAGUGCGAGCUGUGCUGUGGGUGUCGGCGGAUGGGCUUCGAGUUGUAGACGACAAAACAAAGGACCUGAUUCUGGAUCAGACAAUAGAGAAGGUUUCGUUCUGUGCUCCAGACAGGAACUUUGAGAGGGCGUUCUCAUACAUCUGCAGGGAUGGCACCACACGACGCUGGAUCUGCCACUGUUUUAUGGCCAUUAAAGACUCAGGAGAGCGGCUUAGUCAUGCUGUGGGCUGUGCGUUUGCCGCGUGUCUGGAGAGGAAACAGAAGCGGGAGAAGGAGUGUGGUGUCACGGCAACCUUUGAUGCUAACAGAACCACUUUUACUCGGGAAGGCUCAUUUCGUGUUACCACAGCAACAGAGGCUGCAGAGAGAGAAGAAGUCAUGAGACAACUGCAGGAUGCUAAAAAAGAGACGGACUUAAACGUUGCCGGGAAUGCAGCCAAUAUUUCAACAAACCCUUCAUUGAACCAGCCAGGAAGCUCCCCGUCCCCCUCAUCCUCUCCGCCACUCUCCGUUGGUGCGUUGGGACCUCAGGUGAUCCCCCGCAGACACGCGCCGGCUGAUGUCAUCGCCCGGCAGGGCUCCUUCAGAGGCUUUCCGGCACUCAGCCAGAAGACGUCUCCCUUCAAACGACAGCUGUCACUGCGCCCAAAUGAGCUGCCCUCCACUAUGCAGCGAAAGUCGGAUUUCCCUAUAAAAAACGCAGUCCCUGAGGUAGAAGGAGAAGGCGACAGCAUCAGUUCCCUGUGCACCCAGAUCGCCACUGCCUUCAGCGGACCCCCAGAGGACCCGUUUUCUUCUGCUCCAAUGCCCAAACCAGCAUCUUCUCCACAGUCUCCUGUGGCUCCAGUGAACGGCACCAUGCCUGCCUUCUCUGCUGCUCCUGCUGCCAACCCCUUAGUCCUGCACCCUGCUCUGCCUGCUAGAGAGACUAACCCCUGGGCCACAAACCCAGCAGGGCCCCCGGCUGCAGCCCACCCAGGAGGGGAGUGGCCAUCAGCUGCACCGGUCCUUGUAGCCCCUCCCACUGCUUCUCCAGCCAUGUCCGCCCACAAACGAACGCCAUCAGAAGCAGACCGCUGGUUGGAGGAAGUCACCAAAUCUGUCCGAGCUCCACAGCCUAAACCCAUCGCCGCAGGGAGCACGCCUCCCCCCCAGCCAUUUGCCGCCCCCGCACAGAUGCCAAUGGCCCCCGUAGCCGUCGUUCCCCCGGUGCCCUUCAUCCCUUCUCUGGCCCCCACCGUCCCCAUGGUGCCCCCGCGCCAGCCCGCCUUCCACGCCCAGGCGCCGGCCUCCUACCCGGUGUCCAACGGGCUGCCGUUCCCUCAGCCCAGCGUGCCUCUGAUCGGCAUCACUCCUUCACAGAUGGUGGCUAACGCGUUUGGCUCCGCCACCCAUCCGCAGCCUUUUCCCGUCCCAGCCUCCUCCACGCUGCAGACGGACGCUCAGGGCAUCAAUAACAUUUCCCCGUACAUUAAACCCCCUCCACCCGCAGAGGUUAAGCCCAUGCCUCUGCACCCUUCUAAUGGCAGGGCCUCCUUCAACGGCGCCGACGGCUGGGCAGCCUCAUCCUCCCUGCAGGCGCAGUCUGCACCGGCGCCGCAGGAAGAUGCUUUCGAAGCCCAGUGGGCAGCCCUGGAGAACCGCCCCCACCAGCGCACCACCCCAUCCCCCACUAACCCCUUCUCCACCGAGCUGCAAAAGACUUUUGAGAUCCAGCUCUGAACACGGUGCAGCACAAACUUAACGGGAGAGUCGUCCGGCCGUCCUUCGUUCGAGGCACUCAGCAGGGAGGGGGAUGAAGCUGGGAGAAAGUGGGGGGAAGCUGAGUGAAUUUUCAGCUCCUCAGGCAUUUCGUUUGUCUUCUGUGUUGUCUUGUUUGUGCUACGGAGCACAAGGUUAUCAUCACCUCCCCCACCUUCUUUUGCAAUGAUAGAAAGGCUGCAGCACUGAGAGAACUCCACUUCCAGAUGAGAAGUACUCCUUAAAAAAAACAAAAACAACCUCCCCAGUCUUAAGGGUAGAGCAAGACAAUGCCAAAAUCUUUAUUUUUAUGCAUCAAGUAUAUUUUAAAUAGCUUUGAAAUCUAACAGAAGAGUUGUAAGUAAUCUUGCCAAAGGCACGGGAUAGUUACAAUGUUUGUGUAUACGAGAAAGUUCAUGUAUAUUAUACAUAAAUUCAUAUAUAUAUAUAUAUAUAAAGAAUCUAUACUGUACACACAGCUCACAGCAGUGCAGAUUUUUAAUGUGAUGUAAAGAGAUUUUUUUGAAGGGAUAGCUGCUUUUUGAGUGUGUGCUUUUUUUUGUUUAGUUUUAUUUUAUAUUUUUCCCUCAUUUUUGAAAAACAAAUCUUGAUGCUGUCUCAGCAUCAUGUACCUGAAUGAAAAAUAUCUCUGAUGAAUAGUGUUUCUUUGCAGCAACAAUCAGUUUGUGCUUGGCCAUGGUGGUGGUGCCUAUAAGGUUGCCUCUCUUUUACCUGUCCUUAGUUUUUUUUUAUUUUUCAGUACAAGUUAGGACUCCCUUUGUCCUUAUUUUUUUAGUACCAGUUUUGUUUUAUAUUAAUAUUAUUUAACAACAUAGGAUGCAUCAAUCCUGUUUUACCAUCUCCUCCUGGGAGACUUUGUUUUUAUUUUGUAUGUAGUUGAUUUUAAUGUUUUUUUUUUUUUUCUUCAAUAUGCACAUGCACUAAUAAACCAGAUCAUUUGACCUCACAGGUGAGCUUGAUUGGGUCUGGCCCGGUUUCCGUUUGCCUCCUGUGGCUCUGACGGGCAGCAGAACCUCCGGUGGGAGAAUAAAAUGUGGUCUCAUCCUCACUUUCUGAUUUCUAUUUUUAUUUUUUAAUCAAACUUGCUGAUAUGAUCAAUUCUCUGAUCAACUUUUUUUCUUUUUUUAAAGUAUUUCAUUUCUUUAUUUCUGCUCUUUGGAGAAAAAAUAACUGAAGCUCAUGGGUUGAAUAAAUUUUAUGGUGAUAGAAGAAAAAGCGGUCUGUGUUCCUGAUUUGUUCACAUGCAGUGCCUUGUAACACUUCUUCACAUUUUG